AUUUUAAGAGUAUGGAAAUAUAGCCCAAUGUAGAUAUAAGUUUAGAAGAUAUUCGUAAAUAAAUAAACGAAUAGUCUUUUCUUGGAAAAUUUAUCUUAUAGGAAGUUGAUGAAGAUGCUAAAUGUAUUCCAUAUGUUUGCAUUGUUUAUUCAAAUAAAUAUCCUGGAUUCUACUUUGAAUCAAUUUAUAACCAUUUUAUAAGAUUCUCAAAUAAAAUGAAAUCUUCUAUAUGGUUAUCAUAUAAUGACUAAACAAUUUAAUGGCAUCUUCCUUUUUUUGUUCAAAUUGAUAAAAUUAAUGAAGAUGUAGAAAUUAUUGUUCAUUUAAAAAAAAGACCAGAUAAUGUUUUACCUAUUUCAGAUAACAUUUAAAUGGAUAUAAAAAAUAGAUAUUUUUGGAAUCUUAAACAAGCCUGUAUGAUUAGAUAUGGACAUAAAUGGGAAAAAUAAAUAUUCUAAACACUCACUAUAGAAUAAUAAUAUAAAAUGUUUUAAAACUAUUCUGAUCAUAAUUAUAGACCUUAAUUUUAUGAAUUUUUUGAUAAAAUUUGGGAUUAAAGUAGUUUAAAAAAAGAAUCAUAAAUAAGCAUUCCAAUUAGAAUAUGUAUUGAUGGUAAUAUAAUUUAAAGAUCCCAUAUUUUGAAAGAUGUAAAAGAAACUUUGAUAAAUAUCUUAUAACCAAUUUUUGAGGAUGUAAAUAUUUAUUAAUAAAAAUAGAGUUUGAAAUAUAAUGAAUUAAAUAUUCAUGUCCUAGGUUUAUAAGUAAAUUUGGAUUUUCCAAUUAGAUUAUUAGUGUCAACAUUUGUCAAUCCAGAUGGAUUUUGUUACAUUAUCAUAAAAUGA